AUGACGGAUUUUUGUAUUAUGAUUCUAUUGUUUGUCAGUUCUGCUUCUUUGUAUUCAACAGACAUAUGCAGAGUAUGUCGGUCAGAAGGAACUCCAGAGAAACCUCUCUAUCAUCCGUGUGUAUGUACUGGCAGUAUUAAAUUUAUCCAUCAAGAAUGCUUAGUUCAGUGGCUCAAACACAGCAGAAAAGAAUACUGUGAAUUAUGUAAACACAGAUUUGCUUUUACACCAAUUUAUUCUCCAGAUAUGCCUUCCCGGCUUCCAAUCCAAGACAUAUUUGCUGGACUAGUUACUAGUAUUGGCACAGCAAUACGAUACUGGUUUCAUUAUACACUUGUGGCCUUUGCAUGGUUGGGAGUUGUACCUCUUACAGCAUGCCGUAUCUACAAGUGCUUGUUUACAGGCUCUGUGAGCUCACUACUGACAUUACCAUUAGAUAUGCUGUCAACAGAGAAUUUACUGGCAGACUGUUUGCAAGGUUGUUUUGUGGUGACAUGCACGCUCUGUGCGUUUAUCAGCCUUGUGUGGCUACGUGAACAAAUUGUGCAUGGAGGAGCACCACAGUGGCUAGAACAAAAUCAGCAACAAGCCAUCAAUGGUGUUGGGCAACAGAAUGAGGUCCAAGGUGUAGGAAAUGGUGGAGCUGAAAAUGCUGCACUUGACCAGCCUGUGGACCAGCCUGCAGAGAAUGCAGUUGUAGGUGAAAAUCCAGAAAUUCAAGAAGAACAGCCAGAUGAAGAAGAGGAAGAUAAUGAAGAUGAAGAGGAUGUUGUAGUAGAAGAUGCAGCAGAUGCAAACAAUGGAGCACAAGAUGACAUGAACUGGAAUGCUUUGGAGUGGGAUCGAGCAGCAGAAGAACUUACAUGGGAGAGAAUGCUUGGGCUUGAUGGAUCCCUAGUAUUUUUAGAACAUGUGUUUUGGGUGGUGUCAUUAAAUACCCUAUUCAUACUUGUCUUUGCAUUUUGUCCUUAUCACAUUGGCCACUUCUCUAUUGUUGGGCUUGGCUUUGAAGAAUAUGUUCAAGCAUCGCAUUUUGAAGGCCUAAUCACAACAAUAGUUGGCUAUGUGUUGCUGGCAGUCUCAUUAAUUGUUUGUCAUGGCUUGGCUGCACUUGUAAAAUUUCAGAGAUCACGACGCUUACUUGGCGUGUGCUAUAUAGUAGUCAAGGUAUCAUUGUUAGUAGUAGUAGAAAUUGGGGUUUUCCCUCUCAUCUGUGGCUGGUGGCUGGACAUAUGUUCUCUGGAAAUGUUUGAUGCUACUUUGAAAGACAGAGAAUUGAGCUUUCAAUCUGCCCCUGGAACAACAAUGUUCCUACACUGGCUGGUGGGAAUGGUAUAUGUCUUCUACUUUGCAUCCUUUAUCCUCUUGUUGAGGGAGGUUCUAAGACCUGGCGUCCUUUGGUUUCUGAGGAAUUUAAAUGACCCAGACUUUAAUCCGGUUCAAGAGAUGAUUCACUUACCUAUUUAUAGACAUCUCAGGAGAUUUAUUUUGUCAGUGAUUGUCUUCGGGUCAAUUGUCUUGCUCAUGCUUUGGCUUCCUAUACGAAUUAUUAAAUAUCUGCUGCCUCAUUUUCUUCCAUACAAUGUCAUGCUCUACAGUGAUGCUCCUGUGAGUGAACUUUCUCUAGAACUACUUCUGCUUCAGGUGGUACUGCCAGCUUUGCUUGAACAGGGACACACAAGGCAGUGGCUGAAGGGUCUUGUACGGGCAUGGACUGUUACUGCUGGAUACUUAUUGGAUCUGCAUUCUUACCUACUUGGAGAUCAGGAGGAGAAUGAAAAUAACGCAAACCAACAGCCUAAUAACCAACCUGUUCGCAAUAAUAAUGCCAUUCCAGUUGUGGGGGAAGGUCUUCAUGCAGCCCACCAAGCCAUAUUACAGCAAGGAGGACCUGUGGGUUUUCAGCCUUACCGUAGGCCUUUAAAAUUUCCACUCAGGAUAUUUCUGUUAAUUGUUUUCAUGUGCAUAACAUUGCUGCUUGCAAGUCUUAUCUGCCUUACAUUACCAGUAUUUGCUGGCCGUUGGCUGAUGUCCUUUUGGACAGGGACAGCCAAAAUACAUGAACUAUACACAGCUGCUUGUGGAUUAUAUGUUUGCUGGCUUACCAUUCGAGCUAUAACAGUGCUUGUUGCAUGGAUGCCACAAGGUCGGCAAGUGAUUUUUCAGAAAGUUAAAGAAUGGUCCCUCAUGAUAAUGAAGACAUUAAUAGUUGCUAUAUUGCUGGCUGGCGUUGUUCCACUUUUGCUUGGCCUUCUGUUUGAGUUGGUUAUUGUUGCUCCUUUGAGAGUCCCUUUGGAUCAGACACCAUUAUUCUACCCUUGGCAGGACUGGGCUCUUGGUGUUCUUCAUGCCAAAAUAAUUGCUGCCAUAACUCUUAUGGGUCCUCAGUGGUGGCUGAAAACUGUUAUUGAACAGGUUUAUGCAAACGGGAUUCGAAAUAUUGACUUACAUUUUAUAAUACGGAAGCUUGCAGCCCCUGUUAUCUCAGUGUUGUUGCUAUCGCUUUGUGUACCCUACAUCAUAGCUUCUGGUGUAGUACCUUUACUAGGUGUCACUCCUGAAAUGCAGAACCUAGUGCAACGUCGGAUUUAUCCUUUUCUACUCAUGGUAGUGGUUUUGAUGGGAAUCCUUUCUUUCCAGGUCCGUCAGUUCAAGCGCCUUUAUGAGCACAUUAAAAAUGACAAGUACCUUGUGGGGCAACGACUUGUGAAUUAUGAACGAAAAACUGGGAAACAAGGGACAUCACCACCGCCACCUCAGUCUUCACCAGAAUAAAAAUGGUCACAUGGAAUUACUUGACGUUCCCUUGCCUUUGUGUCCUUUUUUGUAGACUGGUCUUCAUUCUUUGGGUGUCUUUCCCAAUAGUCCUCUCAGCUGGGUUUUAUCUUUUAAUUUUGGCUUCCUUUCUCAUGGUAUUCAGAGACCAGUCAAAGCUGUGUACCUUUUAUCUACAUUUUCUGAAGUUAUCAUUGCUGAGAUCUGUAAAUGUGUAAAUACCCCAAUACCCUAAAACCUUGGAUUAAAAAUGAAUGUUCAUUGUACAUCUUUAAAAGAUUAUUAAUUUAUUAAAUCUAGUUGUCACUUUAUUUUGGACUGCUGUUCUGUUGACAUAUGUGCCACAAUUGCAAGAGGCCAGAUUUUUUUUAAUUGACUGCAUUUUUAUGAUGGUUUUGGCCAUUUCCAAAAUGUAAUGUUGGAAAAGCUGGGAACUCAUCAACGAUAUGAAAAAAUGAAAUGACCAUUUCAGUCAGCAGUAAAGUGGCUGUGGCAAAACACAUGAAUUUCAUUUGAAUUUUUUAAAAAUAAUUUUGUAUGACAUCACAACUGUUGUAGUACAUUUUCUGUUAUCAGAUUGUUUUUUUCCAUGUGUCCGAGUUUGUAAUACUGUAUAGUAAUGGCUAGAUCACAACAAUUUUUCUCCUUCAGACAACUUUCAUAUUGCUUAUCUGGCUGCCACCUAUUAAUUCCUUGGCACUGAUAGACAACAUUUUAAUGAAUUUCUAAGCACUUAAAGUUCAUUAGCGCCAAGUGUCAGGAAUACUUAAAUUAGCUGAGAUUGUGGAGGAAUGCAUUUGCAGUGCAUAAGCCAAUAUUUUCUUUUUAACAUCUUUGAAGGUACAUGGUUUAAGUGCUUACAGAGAUUUAUUUACUAUAGGGAACUGUGAAAGUUAUCUGACAUGUUUAUUCAAGAGCACAGAGGAAUGAAUGGAACAUACUUUGAAAGACUUGUUUUCUGAAUGGCAUGAAACUUGUCAACCAAAGCUGCUGCAAAAUGUACCCUAGAUUUCAUGCCAUCUCACAUUAAAAAAAGAACACCUAUAAAUCUAGAAAUUAUCAGCAUUAAUUCUGUUUGGCAAUAAAGAUAAUUGUUUUUAUGGAUUGGUAGAUUAUGGGGAAAGGGCCUAUAUAGUGUUAUCUGCAGGAAGAAAAGAAGCCAAAAAAAUUAAACAAUAAAAAUCAGUUAAUCUUUGCAGUAAUAGCACCAAAUAAAAAUCCCAAUCAAGUUCAUCAAUAUCAGAUACUUUUAUACAUAUAAUUAUUUCCUGCAGGUAAUGAUGCAUUUUUAAUUUCAGUAGUUCUGACAGACACAAAUGGAAGAAUUAUAAAGCUUUAAGUAUAGUUCAUAUGUGUGGUUAUACAUGCAAUAUCUGAUUUAAAACAGUGAAUAAUUUUUAGGUUUAUUGGCAUAAAUCCUCGUUAAGCUUUGAAGGUUUAUUGCCCCAAGUUAAGAAAUCACUGUAGACAUUUGUCAGUUGCACGCUGAGUAAUUCUACUCCAUAAUGCUACUCAGCAUGCAACUGCAAAUGUCUGUGCUGAUCUCUUCUUAACAUGGGGCAGUUUGCUUCCAGAAGGUAUGUGGCUUUUGCUACACCAGUAUAACUUGGUAAGGGGAUUUGGCCAUUAUAUUAAGGAACAUUAAUGCUAUGCAGUUUUACGGCCACUCAGGACUGUCCCUGAAUAUCAUGUGUAGCUAAUUAUGUGUCUUUGAAUAGACUAUGAAGAAGUUUGUCUGCUUCAGGAUGUAUCUUCAUGCUUGAAAGAAAAAAGACAAUGGUAACAGCCGUUUUGAUUCCUUGUUUUGUGCAGGAAUUUGGAGUAUAGAUUUCAGACAAUCUGCACUUAUGCCCAGAGCUAGUAUACUGUAGGAUGGGGGGUUGGGCUACCCAACAAGAGGCCUACUUAUUGGUAUUUUGCAGCAUUACCUCAGUUUUUGGCAUUGGGGCUAUAAGUAUGUCGAUAUUCUUGAAAUUUAUUUUUGACAGAGUUUUUGGUUUAAAAAAAAACAUAAUGAGAAGAGGGCCAAAAACAUUUGCUUAUUAAUUCACUGUAUGCAGAUCUUAAUUUUGAGUCUUUUGUGCCUGAUUCUUUUGGACAUGCAACUGCUACACAUUUUGAUGUAAUUACAGUGGGAUGGUGUACCUUUCUGUACAAAAGUGUAUUUUAUCCCCUAAUAUUGCAUUUCUGAUAAAAGACAUGUUUAGAAGGUUGCACAAAAAUUUGUCUUUGAUAGUCUUUGUUUGGAAAAAAAAAAUCAAAGGAGUCUUACCACUGGGGUAUGCCAGCAAUGCUGUGCUGCUUCCUGUAGCAUUUUGCAGUAUAUUGUAAUUUUGCGUUUUUAUCCCAGACAACUUGGUCCUCGAAGAUUAUUAAAGUUUGUUAAGAAAAAG